UUUACUUCCGUUGUAUUGCGUUAUCACUUCAGUGGAACUUGGAAACGUCAACUUUCGACUUCUAAAAGCUGAAUAGGAAUUGUUCUUAUAUUAUAGAUAAUUUCGUUUGUCUAGUUCUUGUGAUAAUUUGAAAAAAUGGCUGUGUUCGUAGCUAAAAGUAACUAUUUGAAAAACUUGGGAUUGAAUGCCUUGCAUAAUAAAAAUUUGUACAGGACGAUAUGCGUUGGAAACGGAUUAUAUUCACCUCGUAAAAGUGUCAAAGACAAAACAGGAAAAAACAUAGUUUUCGUCGAUGGAGUCCGUACUCCAUUUUUACUUUCUGGCACCGAUUAUUCUAAAAUGAUGCCUCAUGAUUUAGCGAAAAAUUCUCUUUCAGCUUUAUUGAAGAAAACUGGCGUACCCAAGGAAGUAAUAGACUAUAUAAUCUACGGCACAGUCAUACAAGAAGUAAAAACUAGCAAUAUAGCUCGUGAAGCAGCCUUAUGUGCAGGUUUUUCAGAAUUCACUCCAGCACACACAGUAACCAUGGCCUGCAUCAGUUCUAACCAAGGAAUCACUACUGGCGUUGGUUUAAUAGCGGCUGGUGCUUAUGACGUAAUAGUCGCUGGCGGUGUAGAAUUUAUGUCCGAUGUACCUAUUCGCCUAAAUCGUAAAUUCAGAAGUCUUCUGUUGAAAGCAAAUAAAGCGAAAUCCCCUCUUGAUAAAUUGAGGUUAUUAUCUACGUUUAGACCAGGCUUCCUCGCUCCUGAGUUGCCUGCUGUGGCGGAAUUUAGUUCCGGAGAAACCAUGGGUCAUUCCGCUGAUAGAUUAGCUGCUGCAUUUAAGAUUACUCGUCAAGAACAAGACGACUAUGCUUUACGUUCUCAUAAAUGCGCUCAAGAAGCCUACGAAAAAGGAUAUUUCACCGAUUUGGUUCCUCUUAAAAUUCCAGGAUCGACUACAGUUGUAAAGAAGGAUAAUGGUAUUCGAGUCUCUUCUCCAGACAAACUUGCCAAAUUGAAGCCUGCAUUUGUAAAACCUCAUGGUACUAUUACCGCAGCUAAUGCUUCCUUUUUGACUGAUGGCGCUUCAGCUUGUUUAAUUACCACCGAGGAGAAGGCUAAACAAUUAGGAUUAAAACCUAAAUUAUAUCUCAGAGAUUUCAUCUAUGUAUCACAAGACCCCAAAGAUCAACUUUUGCUCGGACCAACUUAUGCCACUCCAAAAGUUCUUGAGAGAGCCGGUCUAAGCCUCCAAGACAUCGAUGUCUGGGAAGUUCACGAAGCGUUUGCAGGUCAAAUUUUAGCGAAUCUCAAAGCUAUGGAUAGCGACUGGUUUGCUCAAAAUUAUAUGGGUCGAAAAUCCAAAGUCGGAGCCCCUGAUAUGAGUAAAUUUAAUACUUGGGGUGGUUCUUUGAGUAUUGGGCAUCCGUUUGCUGCUACUGGUGUUAGACUGACUGCUCACGCCGCUCAUAGACUAGUAAGAGAAGAUGGGCAAUUUGGAUUAAUCACAGCUUGUGCUGCUGGAGGACAGGGUGUUGGUAUGAUAGUUGAGAGACAUCCUGAUGCUACAGCUUCGUAGAUAGAUUAUUUAUUGGGAUCUUCGUAUAUUUUUUUUGUAUUUUAAUGUAUUAUGUCGAUGUUCUAAGUAUUACCAUAAUUCAGAAAUACGUUUUUAUGUACCUACCGGUUAUAAAUUUUUAUUUAAUCCAAUUCUAAUAUCAUUUUAUGUAAUUUUUGGUUCGUGUUCGAGAAUAUAGGUAUGUUUUUUAUGUA